UCCUUCCCCGGUAAGCCUCAGCAGAGUAGCAGAAAUUUCGCCCCUCCACAGCUCCACUACUCGUCUCUCCCCCACCGCCGCCACCACUGGUAACCGCACACCACCGCGAAUCUCGCACCAUAGUUAACCAGGCGAUCGAAGCAGAGUGCGUCGCGUGGUAUUCCAGUCAUGGGGAAGAACUACCGCAAGUUCCUGGGAGUUAACAAGGCGGCCGCUGCCGGCGGCGGGGUCGGUAAGCGCGUCUCCGGUGCCGGUGGGAAGGCUAAGGACACCGGCGGCGGGAACAAGGCGGCCACUGCCGGUACCGGGAAAGGUAAGCGCGUCGCCGCCGCCGGUGGGAGCGGCAAGCGCUCGGGAGGAGGCGCGUGCAGCGCGACGGGCGUGGCUGUGGCCGGCCCAAGCCCAAGAGGUGCGAAGCGGGCCGGCGGCCGGGGUUCGGGAGGCGCGUCGACGUUAUCUCAUACUACCACCUUCAAGACGGCCGUGAAGGUCACGAAUGAGUACUACCAUGUGGAGGAGAGUAGCACGUUUAAGACGGCGGUGAAGCUCAUGAAUGAGCACUAUGAUGAUGAGGAGAACCGUGGUGCGUCCGAGGACGAACGCUCGACAUUCUGUCCCACGGAUCAUAGCACAUUUAAGACGGCCAUGAAGUCCGAGAACGAAUACUAUGAUGAGGAGGAGAGGCGCACAUUGUCCGAGGAUGAGAAGGAUAUGCAGCAUGAUGCUGAACUUCUAGCUGAAGAAGGCAACUAUGGUGCUCAGAUUGGCGAUGAUGGCAAUGGCCGUGGAGACUGUGAUGGAGGCUGCGACGAGGAUGCUGGGUUUGGUGAUGAUGAUGCUGGGACCGGGGAUCUUGAUGACUACUUGAACGGUGAUGCCUACUACUAUGAUGUUGCUGCGGCAGGUUUUGACGAUGGCUAUGAAGGCGAUGGUGGGGAUGGUGGUGAUGGCUGGUGGUAGUGAUCGAGGACAAGGACUCUUUGAAAUGUGAGAGAAUGGGGGCGUCCAAGGAACUUGGUUUAACAUUGUGAGAUAAGAAUGCCAUGAAGUGCAAGUCUCCAUGCAGUUUGCUCUUCUAGGUAGGCUUCUGCCUUGGUGUGUGUAGCUUUGGUGUGUGUAUGGUGAUCGCCAACCCAGGAGAUUGGCAGUCAAAUCAGUCCUCUGUAUGUGGCGGAUCUUAACAACGUCAUGAACCCUUGUGAUAAAAGUACUCCGAUCCUAAUGUAAAUUAUAAUCCUAUAUAUGUGUUCCUUCUGUGCCAUGUUAA